AUGUCCGAUAUUACAACCAUUUUGACAACAACGAUUACGAUAUUGUUUAAUACUAGUAUUACUCUAGCUGACGAAACAAUCAACAAUUCUUUAGCAACAAAUGUGACAGUAGUUCCACCAACAUCAGAUACAAAUGUACCACUAUGGGUUGGCUUUAUUGGUUGUCUAAUUGCAUCAGUCUUCUUUGGUUCCAAUUUUGUGCCUGUAAAACAAUAUUCAGCAGGAGAUGGAUUCUUCUUUCAAUUUGUUUUCUGUGUUGCGGUGUGGAUUGUUGGUCUUAUACUGGAUGUGAUUCUAGACAAUCAACGAUUCUAUCCUCUCGUACUUAUUGGAGGUGUUCUCUGGGCGACCGGCAAUCUUGUAACGGUGUUCUGUAUUAAGACAUGUGGCUUAACUGUUGGUCUCCUCAUUUGGUGCACGAGUUGUUUGAUUAUGGGUUGGGCAGGUGGUCGUUUUGGUAUAUUUGGUAUCAAUGCACAAGUUCCAUCGACAUCAUUAAAAUUAACUCUGAAUUAUGCCUCAGUCAUACUGGCAGCAACAAGUGCCAUCUUCUUUGUUCUAAUCAAGUCGAACAAUACGUCGAAGGAGUCGACUACAAGUUACAAACCAAAUAAACAAGCUACAGUAGAAAUCGAGAAGAAGGCAGAUUUCAACGAAGAUACGACCGAAAUAGCUACGGAAACCGAUUUUCCAUUUCUCGUUCAUCUUAGUGCACCGAUCCAAAAAGCACUGGGAUGUGUUUUGGCACUAAUGGCUGGUGUUUUCUAUGGUCUUAUGUUCAUACCCGAUCAAUAUAUUCGUGACCAUCCCGAAAAAUUUCUCUACAAGGGAGAACGACCGCCAUUGAAUGGUCUCUAUUAUAUCAAUUCACAGUAUUCUGGAAUCUUACUUUCUUCUACUUUCUACUUUAUUGUCUAUGCGCUUUUGAAACGCAACAAACCGACGAUAAAUCCAACCAUCGCAUUACCAGCCAUGGUUAGUGGAUCAAUGUGGGCCAUCGCCAAUAUUGGUUUUAUUCUAGCUAUUAGCUCAUUGAAAGGUGCCGUUGCUUAUCCAAUUGUAGCCAUACUCCCAGGUGUUGUAACAUCACUAUGGUCGUUAUUUUGGUUUCGGGAAAUUGUUGGCAAAAAAAAUUAUAUCUAUCUUGGAUGUGGCAUGUUUCUACGAUGUCUGGCUGCUCUUCUCAGUGGUCUGUCGGCAUAG